CCGCAGCCCGCCGCCCUCCCCCCGCCCGCGGAGCACGCCGGGAUUGGGCGCCCCCUCCUCGCCUCAGCCAAUAUAAGGCGCGCACUCGGCGCUCCGGGUACACGCGCUUCAACUUCGGUUGGUGUGUGUCCAACAGACCUUGCCGAGACCCCCGACCCAGGAGCACCGCGGAGCCGGACCCUGCGCCUCGAGACCCCUCCGACGAGUGCGCUCGCGGCCCGAGCCCCCUUGGGCUGCUGAGCGCCCGUGGAGCCCGCGCUGAGGAGACCACGCGUGGUGAGUAUGCGAAAUAAGCGGGUUUUGAAAACAAAAAGGAGAAGGGGUGCACGUGGAGGCCAGGAUCCGGGCCUCCAUCCUCACAGGAGCGAAGAGGCAGCUGGGAGUUCUCCUCCCACCACCACCACCACCACCACCGUCGCCAUGGGUCCCGACUGCCCACCGCCUCCCCCUCCCCCUCCCCCCAACAACAACAACAACAACAACUCCAAGCCCAGCGGCCACAAGAGCCCCUGCGUGCCCAACAUGACCGAGCGGCGGCGCGACGAGCUGUCGGAAGAGAUCAACAACCUGCGCGAGAAGGUCAUCCGGCAGUCGGAGGAGAACAGCCAGCUGCAGAGCCAGGUGCAGAAGCUCACGGAGGAGAACAGCACCCUGCGAGAGCAGGUGGAGCCCCCUGCCGCCGAGGAGGAGGCCGAGGAAGACGAGCUGGAGCUGCGCGGGGCCGCGGCAGCUGCUGCCCCGCCACCCCCCGUGGAGGAGGAGUGCCCCGAGGACCUCCCGGAGAAGUUUGAUGGCAACCCGGACAUGUUGGCGCCCUUCAUAUCCCAGUGCCAGAUCUUCAUGGAAAAGAGCACCCGCGAUUUCUCCGUGGACCGUGUGCGUGUCUGCUUCGUCACCAGCAUGAUGACGGGCCGUGCGGCGCGGUGGGCCUCAGCCAAGCUGGAACGUUCACACUACCUGAUGCACAACUACCCCGCCUUCAUGAUGGAGAUGAAGCACGUCUUCGAAGACCCCCAGCGCCGGGAGGCCGCCAAGCGCAAGAUCCGCCGUCUGCGCCAAGGCAUGGGCUCGGUGGUCGACUACUCCAACGCCUUCCAGAUGAUCGCCCAGGACCUGGACUGGAACGAGCCCGCGCUCAUCGACCAGUACCACGAGGGCCUGAGCGACCACAUCCAGGAGGAGCUGUCCCACCUGGAGGUGGCCAAGUCCCUGUCAGCGCUCAUCAGCCAGUGCAUCCAAAUCGAGAGACGGCUGGCCCGGGCGGCUGCGGCGCGCAAGCCCCGCUCCCCGCCGCGUGCGCUUGUGCUUCCCAACGUGUCAGGCAACCACCAGGUGGACCCCACCGAGCCCGUGGGGGGCGCCCGCAUGCGCCUCACCCAAGAAGAGAAGGAGCGCCGCAGGAAGCUGAACCUAUGCCUCUACUGCGGCACCGGUGGCCACUACGCCGACAACUGUCCUGCCAAGGCCUCCAAGUCCUCGCCGGCGGGAAACUCCCCGGCCCCGCUGUAGAGGGACCUUCAGCGACCGGGCCAGAAAUAAUAAGGUCCCCACAAGAUGAUGCCUCAUCUCCACACCUGCAAGUGAUGCUCCAGAUCCAUCUUCCGGGCAGACACACCCUGUUUGUUCGAGCCAUGAUCGAUUCUGGUGCUUCCGGGAACUUCAUCGACCACGAAUACGUCACCCAAAAUGGAAUCCCACUGAGAAUCAAGGACUGGCCAAUCCUCGUGGAAGCGAUCGACGGGCGCCCCAUCGCGUCCGGCCCGGUCGUCUACGAAACUCACGACCUGAUUGUAGACAUGGGAGACCACCGAGAGGUGUUGUCCUUCGACGUGACUCAGUCUCCUUUCUUCCCGGUGGUCCUGGGCGUACGCUGGCUGAGCACACAUGACCCCAACAUCACCUGGAGUACCCGCUCCAUCGUCUUCGACUCCGACUACUGCCGCUACCACUGCCGCCUGUACACGCACCUGCCGACUGCGCCACAGCCGCACCUCUACUACCCGGUGGACGGCUACCGCGUGUACCACCCGGUGCGCUACUACUAUGUGCAGAAUGUCUACACCCCAGUCGACGAGCAUGUCUACCCAGACCACCGGCUGGUGGACCCCGGCAUAGAGAUGAUCCCAGGAGCGCACAGCAUCCCCAGCGGGCACGUGUAUUCCCUGUCGGAACAUGAGAUGGCGGCGCUGCGAAACUUCGUGGCCAGGAACGUGAAGGACGGGCUCAUCACCCCCACCAUCGCCCCGAACGGGGCCCAGGUCCUGCAGGUCAAGAGGGGCUGGAAGCUGCAGGUGUCCUACGACUGCCGCACUCCGAACAACUUCACCAUCCAGAACCAGUAUCCUCGUCUGUCCCUCCCCAACCUGGAAGACCAAGCCCAUCUGGCCACCUACACCGAGUGUGUACAUCAUGUGCACUGCUGCCAUUCUUGCCAUUCAUGCCAUUUUUAUCAUUUGUGCCAAAGGUGCCAUUCGUACCAUGCCUACCCUUCGUACCCAGCCUACCCUGUGGGCUACGCCUGGUACCCAGUGGGCCGAGACAUACAAGGAAGAGCGCUCUACAUCCCUGUCAUGAUCACCUGGAACCCGCACUGGUACCGCCAGCCCCCCGUGCCGCAGUACCCCCCGCCGCAGCCGCCGCCGCCGCCGCCGCCGCCCCCGCCGCCGCCGUCGUCCUACAGCUCCCUGUGAGCCCGCUCGAGGCCGCGGGACCCCCGCCCUCCGGGCCUCCUCCUGUCCAGCUUCCCCGUCAGUGACUGUGUGCUGAAGGCGGCCGCCGGUGCCGCAGGUCAGGCAUCGGCCAGCGCCUGCCCGCUGCGCUCUGCCCCGACUGCCAUCUCGCGGGAGUCCACCUUCCAGCCUCCGUCACCACCCGGAUUUCUAGCUGCCAAAUUCUGAACCCAGAAGCUGACCCCACACAGGAAAUGCUGAUUUCUCCGAGGAGGGGGAGCGGAGGAGGAGGACAGGACUUCUCGCAGUUUCGGUCCUCUGAGUUACACCCCUGGAGGACCCGCGCCUUAUGAAGGAAGCCGCAUUUACUGGUGCAGUGGGCAGAGGCUUCCGUGAUGCUAGUGCUGCACCUUCAGAAACUUCACCUUCUUCGAGCUCCACGUUCAUGGUUCCGUUAAUUCUCAAGGAGCAGCAACUCGACCGGUUCUCCCAGGAGCGGGCAAAACCCCUGCAACAGGAAACACCUCAGGCCUGGAAAGGAAGUGCUCUAUCAGAGACUCUGGCGCGUUAAGAGUGUGCCUUCACACCCUGGUGCAAAUCACACGUACCCAAGAACUCUGGCUCGACACAGCAUCGACACAGCAUCGUACCAUCACCACGCCAGGAACAGCUUCCACCAAGCGUUCCGUGUCUGUGACGUGUCAUGACCACCUCUCAAUGACGCGCGUGGGCCGAAGAACAGCGAGUGGAUAGGACUCCUAAACCCUGUACCCAACUCUUAAGAGACUCAGAGUUCCUUGUUUCCAACUUUUAGUGGUCUUUCAGAGGGAGUUUUCACGAGUGUUGGUGACGGGUUGCAACAGCAGCAGCUUACAGUUUUGGAAACAUCUAUCUGUGUGUGUGCCUCCAUACGCAUCUGGGCAUUCCAUCCUCAGUUCCCUCAUUGGACUGUACCAUUUUAGGAUGCUGAGAGAGGGGCAAUGAUUUUGCACUCAGACCCACACUCCUGUACAAGGGAGGGAUGGAUGUCUUUGAGGAAGAGAAAUUGUCUUGAGGAUACUGACCUUCCUGGUGAGCUUUUUCAUUCAACAGGGUGACCUGAUGUAACCACUUUGAAAGGAUCCCUCCAGGUGAUGGAGCCAACAUGAAGCUCUCAAAAAUUGGGUGAAAGGCCUCACACACAGCUGUUGCCAAUCCAGUGACCCCUCUGGUGUCAGCUGGACGCUCUGUGCUAACCUGGGACUGCCUGACUUCUUUAGCCUGGUCCCUUGCUAUUACCUUGAAGUGUUUGUCUAACCUCUUUGUGUUUGAUUCUUUACUACUGCCAUUAACCCUGAUGCAGGAUUUGUGUCAUCUUCCUGCUUGGUUGCUGAGACUUCCUUUUGCUGCCUGGCAAAAGAAGAGGCCGGCUUCAAGGAGCGUGUGUUUGAACACACAGGCCUCCCAUUGCCAACAAGCAGUUUGAGCAGUAGAAAUAGUAUCGCUUACCUUUAAAUUGCUGCCAUGAAGAGGAGUCUGAUGGUGAAGUUUACUUUUUCAUCAACAUCCUUCACAUGUUUAUUGCCCCCCUUUCCUCCUGCAUGUUUAAAUACUUUGAGCUGUAGUAGUGUACCCUCAGCAGUGUUUUCAAGUGGUGACUGUGCUUUCGGAAAUUUCCAUUGAAUUACAAAGGACUAAUUCUUAUUGAGAAAUUAAGUAAAAAGGACGGUGUAGCUUUGCAUAAAGUGUUAAUUUACUGUGAAUUUCUUACAACACUGUGAAUGUGUGGCUCCUCAAAACUGAAGUAUUUGUACAAUUGUUUAAUCUUUUAAUAUUAAGUAUUUCAAUGUAUCAAUUGACCUUUAAAAAUCACAGAAAAAGGACCUACAAGUUCAGUGAGGAAGCCUAAUUGGCUACUUGUUUAAUCUAAAACCAGUUUCCCUUUUUUCUUCAAUGGAAUUAGAAAGCUUGUCCCUCAUGUGUUUAGAGUUACCUUUAAAAUGGUGCAUUUGUGCUUCUGGACUAUUUUGAAGCAUUACUUCAGUUUACCUCAAAUCAGUCCAUCCUCCAUACAUUUGAACUCAACACUGUUCAGUGUCAGACUUAACAGUUGUUGAUUGACUUCAAGCUGCAGAGUGCCCAGACACCGGCCUUUGCCUGCAGCACCCAGCCCCAGCCCUGGCAUGUGCACACAGACAUUUGCCAUCACUACAAGCAGAAACCUGGAAAAGUUGGCCAACGACAACAACCGUCAGGGAGAGCAUGCUGGUAUGGGUUAACUGCCCCCAGACAGUCCCUGGCACAUGUUUGGCUAUUUACUGAAGCUUGUGAUGGACUUUCUGGCAGUGUGUACAAUGCUUUAUUGCUGUGAUCUAUAAGUAUUAGAAAUUAAAGAUAAGUAAUCUUAGAUUUAUUGUUCUAUGAUAUUGACAUUUUGACUAAGUUUCCUUUCAGUCAAUUCACUUAUUUUGUUGCUAUUGAUCAAAUUAAUAUUAAUUGGAUCCUUUAAAUUUUUGGGGCAUUUUCCAACAAAGAUGCCUUUUUUCAUAAGAAAGGAGAAAAGCAAAGGAUAAAUAAAGAAGUUAGAAAGGGAGCAAAAUAAAAUAUGAAGGCAAUGUACAAAUCAAAACAUCAGAGUUAUUAAGUAAACCAGUGAUCAAGUCUUUGGAAAACAAAACUGAAAUUAGUUGACUUUUGGCUAACGUGUACAUUGAUCAUUAAUUAAAUCAAGGUGAAAGAAGAACUCAGUGCUCCCAUUGUUAAGCAAGCCUAGAGAGAACUAACUAGCUUAGGUCAUCAUGCUAGGAUAUUGAAACAGGAAGUUUACAUACAUUCAUGAAGGGUCAAUUUAGUUUGAGUAAUGAGGUAUUUGUCUUAGGUUGAUUAAAUCAUGUGAGGUACUACAGCAAAGUUACAGAUGCACAAAAUAAGAGGGGUACAUCUAUAUGGUGCAGUCUGGCAUUUUGUUGAAGUUUGCAGGUACCUCUUGGACUCCUGAAUUGAUCUGGUUGUCAUCGCCACAGACGUCCAACAUCGGAUACAGUUCCAAGACUGGCAACAGAGGACCUCCUGCUACAGAGUGAAGCAGUAAUGAAGGACCACCUGCAGAAAGAAGGCGCCCAGCAGGAACCAAGGAGAACACCUACCUGAUUGAAAGUUCUUUGUUGUUUCAGAUUGUAGAAUGCUUUUGAAUUGGUCUGUGGAAAACUGCAUUGUUUUUAUUUCUUUAUGUAAUCGCUUUAAGUAGUAGGGGGAUAUAUAAUCAUAAUUAUGUUACGGUGGGAGGGAUUUGAUCUUAGGUGGGUGGGUUUACUUAGAAAGUUAGGAUUUUAGGAUUAUGUCAUGUAUUAGAUAUCUCAAUCAGUAGACAUGUGUACUUGCAACCUUUUACCCUUUCUGUCCUUAAAGAUUUCCAAUAAAUUUGGAGGAAACUACAGGGCGAUCAACCUAUGUAAAGUGAAUUGGACGUGGAUAAAACCCUAAUGAAAGUUCAAUGGUGAUUUGAUUAAUAAUUCAAUAGAGGCCCUAGGUGUUAAGCUCUAGGGAUCACACAGUGAGACUUAGAGGAUGUCCAAAUACCCUUGAGAAAUUGUUGCCAGAAUGAUAAGUGGAUGGUCAAGAUUCAUGGAAAUUACAGGAAAGUGAUGAAAAAAGCCCUUGUUUUUACCCCUGUCAGUAGCCCUCCUCCUUAUUAGCACCCCUUCCCCCUCCAAUCCCACUUCCUUCAAACCAUUGCUGUAUUCUCUUUACUCUGUAUUUCUAUUUGCUAACAUUGUAUUGCUGCCAUAAUAAAAAUUUCAAUAAAGAUUUAGUGGUUAAGUGCA